AUGGGGGCAGUGGACCUGGAUCAGUUGAUUCAGAUCAUGGUUCGCUUCUCUGUUCUCCUCUUGGACCUGCCAGAGAUCAAGGAACUUUGUCUUGUUCGUUGGCGAUUGGAGUGUGACAUCAACCCGUUGAUUGCCUCCUCUGAGAGUAUUCUCUCUUUGGAUGCUCGAGUCUUGUUGCACGAUCGGGAUGUGGAAACCAGAGAUCUGCCACAGCCCUCCAUCCGUCCAUAUCCCCAUCACUACGUCAAUGUGAUUGAUUUGGACGAUGCCUCGAAGGUGAAACUGCGGCCCAUCCUGCCAGAGGACGAAGGCGUUCGGCGGUUGGCCGUGUUGGUGUUUGCUGCGCGGAACGCGUUCAGCGGGGCGUUCAUCGAUCCAUGGUGUCAUGGUGUAGGCAUGAUGCGCUCCUUCUAUGCCCGGGCAAGUUGGCCAGAGGGAUGUAAACCCGCUACGAUGCCCAAUGAAGCGGAGAACGAGGUGUGCAGCCUGGACCGACAGCAUCUCAUUCGCACCUGCUUCGUGGACUUCGACCGCUCCAUCGUGCUGGUGGCGGAAGGUGUGACGGUCAACGACGGGGAGAAGUGUAUCAUGGGCGCGGGCCGAAUCAGCAGGGAGGAGAUGUCAGAUGAUGUGACCUUUUCUUUGCAAGUUUUGCCCUCCUGCCGCAAGAAAGGGCUUGGCUCGAAAAUCAUGAAGCGCCUCAUUGAGUUGGCGGGCUUGGAGGGCGCUGCUUGCAUUAAAGCUGAUGUCUUCUCUGAAAAUCGUCGGGCUUUGCGUUUCUUGGAGGUGAGGGCUUGAGCCAGACCUGCAGCGAAAUAUAACUAACUGAUAAGGUGCAGAAGUGGUUGAGGAAUGCAAUUGCAAAUCCAAGGAGAUUUGUUUGGUCUGCCAGCUUCCGAAGAGAUGAUCGCUAGCAACUAGCAAGCCUACUGUAAAUUUGAAGACAAAGACACAAUAUGAGUUAGUUAGAGCGACGCAGAGAGUGAGAGAGAGAGAGAGAGUGUGACACAGUGUGACGCAGAGUGAUAGUGAAAGGGAGGAGCAGGAAAGAAGAGAG